AUGGCCGGUGAUGCGGCUCAAGUCGACAAAUCGAUCCGCAUCAAAGGCUUCGCUGCUGGCGUCGCAUCGGGCGUCACAAAGCUCGCGAUCGGGCAGCCGUUUGACAUCAUCAAAGUCCGGCUACAAUGCAGUCCGCCGGGUGUCUACAAGGGCGCGCUCGACUGCCUGCUCAAGACCCUCCGUCUCGAAGGACCUCGAGCUCUCUACAAGGGCGCCUCUGCUCCGCUGUUCGGCUGGGGACUGUCUGACUCUGUCCUGCUCGGAUCGCUGCACAACUAUCGUGUCUGGCUUGCUCGUCUAGAGUCUAACGGCCAGUCCUACACGUCCUCGGCCCGAGCGCAGACAAAGCAAGAACAGGAAGAGCUCGGCAUCAAGUCGCUCUCUGUCUUCGGGCAUGGCGUUGCGGGCUUGCUUGCAGGCUGCACAGUCUGUACGGUCAUCACGCCCAUCGAGAUGAUCAAAGCAAGGCUCCAGAUGCAGACACACUCGACCACAAAAGAAUUCACUGGACCGAUCGACGUCAUCCAAAAGGUCUACCGGCAAAACGGUCCAUUUGGGCUUUAUAGAGGUUUCGGCGCUACAUUGCUCUUUCGUAGUAACUUUGGCUUCAUGUUCGCGACCUACGAGGUUCUCAUGCGGCAAUUCCGAGCAAUGCCGAACAUGUCAACGGGCACAAGUAACUUCUUGGCGGGUGGCCUAUCGUCUUUUGUCUUUUGGACAUUUGCAUUCCCGGCAGACGCUGUCAAGAAUCGAUUGAUGAGCGAUUCGCUCUAUCAACCUCGAUAUAACGGCGUCAGGCAAGCAGCACGCGCGAUAUGGAGCGAGGGUGGCAUCAGAGCAGUCUUCAGAGGCUUCACGCCCUGCAUCUUGCGUUCCUUCCCGACCAAUGCAUCCGCGCUCUUUGUCUACGAGACAACCAUGCGCUUCAUGGACGCGGAGCAAGUCGCCUGA